GUGAUGGGUUUGAGAUUAGAAUCAAUCUAGUCAACGGAUCUAAUCAAGGGACACUCUCACCACAGCCGACCUCAAUACAUUGUAUUUAAACAUAAUAUUAUAGAAGAUUGAAGAUUGACAUAAAAGAAUUUGCGAGUCUUACCAGAGGAUUCGUCGUCGUAGUUCAUUCCUUUCAAGUCGAUUAUUUUCGUGAAGGCUUCCUAGGCCGGGAAUAGUAGCACGCUGUGGUUUCGCCGUGAGAUGUCUCGAUACGGCUGCGACUGCGAGCCAUGACCAGCAUAGCAUUGCAUCCAGUAGCACCGGCCCGUCCACUGACGCCGUCUGCCGCUCCUGACCGCACGCCGGACAGCCCCACAGCCACGGCAAGCGAAAGCGAUCGUAGCGGCAGCGAACCAAUAAGCGAGCAAAUUACGCGCCUAUUUCCCAAGUGCAGACCGCGCGCGUCGGCCGCGGUCACCGACGUGAACCUAAACCCGGCGUCUAACAACGGUCACGGCGCCGGUACGGCUGCCGUCGUGGGAGCCGUCAACAAGCUGGAUCCGGAUGAGCAGCGCAGGAGAGCAGCAGCUAGAGACGCCGCGACUGCCGCGCAGAACGACGGUUCUGGUCAGGUACAGCAGAGGGACACGGCCACCGACAGGAUAAUCGAGCUGGCUGGUGGUCGCGAAUUGUUCUCGCAGAAUCGCACCAAAGCGGCACGCAGAUCCCGGCACGCGGCUAACGCAGAAGAGAGAGAGCGCAGACGGCGAUCGCCUUCUUCCCGCAACGCGACCGCUCAGCAACAGCAGCAACAACAACCACAUAGGACACAAAGACGAAGUAACGAGGACUAUCUAAGGAUUCAAUCGGCAAGACACCAUAAUCGCUCUUUAAACGUCCAAUCAAACAACAGCGGCCGACCUACACCCAGUAGUCCGACGGGGCCACAUCCUGCUUCUCCGCUAGAUCGCAACACGGUAACAUCUGCAACUGAAUUGGGCACAUCGUCCACCGCCGGCGGGCGAUUGUCUGCUACCGCUAGUCAACCUACGCAGACCGCCAGUCCGCCGCGGAGUCUUGCUGUUGUUGCUGACGGUGAAGUUGUCGUAUUUGAUGAUAUCGGCGAUACGUGGAAAGGUUUACGUAUGAAUCUCGAAGAAUCGUCUUCAGUACAGAAUCAGAAUUAUAUAUCAGAUCUCGAUAAGGACGCCAUGAACUCUUUAGGAUAUCGCAAUAACGGCAUGACUUAUAAUAUGGUGAAUAAUACCGAAAAUGAUGAUCACCAACACACGGCAGAGAGUCGUGUCGGACCACGGGUCAUUGGCAGUUUGCCGAUUGCUGAAUAUGAGGGAUCUCCGAGACGAUACGGAGUUUCUCGCCAAUGCGACAAUGCCAGGACACAAGAUCAGAUUCUUCACAACAUUCCACAUACACAAAGCCUCAUCGGAGGUCAGCAGACGGCCCCGAGUUCGACGUCUUUGUUUCCUCCUCGGCCAGGAUUUCCACAGAGAAUUCAUUCCAAUAAGAUCGAAGAUAGUUCCAAUACUACGCCCGAUUCUCUAAAUAUUUUGUCAACCGAACUUUCUCCGGCAGUAAAUUCAACUUUUGAUUACUUAUAUGAAUUUUCUGAAACACGUAAAGUGCUCGAAGAGUUCUUCAAAUGUCCCAGAGAAGACGAAAAUAAAUUGGACUUAGAUUUUAAUGACUUAGAUUACGAAUUGCACAGACAGACCGAUUCAAGUAGUUCAUAUGUUGGUCAAAGACUUGCAAAAUCUCCGUCAAAUCAGGACGAAAUUGUUGCGAACGACUCUCCACGGAAAAGCAAUAAUUCUCAAAGAGAACACGAGGAGUAUGAACGUACCAACAAUUUUUUAGAAUUGUCUGUUGGUACUGGAUCUAGUGAGGAAUUUGGGGAAACGGAAGUAGGCCUGCAGGUUGGCAACUCUAGAAAUUUUACAUUGUCUCCGGAAACCACCGACUGUGAUUCUAAUUGCGGCGAUCUAGACAGUGAGAUGUCGUUGAUGAUGAUGGAAAAUGAUUUCGGUCAUUCGGGUGGUCUUCGUGGGUCCUCAGGAGAUUUGGGUGCGGUAGCGGCAGAUAUGACUACCACGUCCGCUGCGGCACGUCUGUACACCGCCAUGCCAGUCUUAGAAGAUGGUUUGUCUAGUGGCCAUGCCAGCGAUAACGAUAAUAAUAAUCCAACAGUGAUGUUGAUGCGACGUCAAAUUAGCGAAAUCGAACGCGAGAUCGUCCAACGCACCCAGGAGUUGGUAAACGAGCGCGAACGUCGCCUUGUUGAUGCUGUAGGAAAUGAUCAAGAAGAAGAUGAUCUCGACGAUGAUGAGGAUGAUGAUGUAGAUGACGAUCUAGACGAUGAAGAUGAUGACGACUUAGACGAUGACGAUUUGGAAGGAGAAACCGCUACAAAUCCGACAACUGUGAACACAUCCAUUAAUAAACGUUUUACCGGAAAUCUGGAUGCUUCUACUAAAAUUACAUUAGAUCCACUGAAUGGAGCACAAGUUACUCCUCCGCCACCUGCUCCGGCUCCGCAUAGGCCGCAGCAGCAGCAUCUUUUGUCACCAACUGAUCAUGGAAGCGACACAUCUGUGAAAGACAUCAAAACCGCUCUGCAAAGAAAAUCAAUGCCUUUAAAAUCAAAUACUCCAGAAGUACAUUCUCCUGAAAAAAAUUCUUCUACUAGUCCCGUUUGGAUACCAAGAAGACAGCGUGGUAAUUCUGGCGAAAGUGGUGACUCUUGUGGUCAUCCUGGUAAAGCACUAAGCGGUGAUGAAGGUGGCGAUGAAGAAGAAGCAGACACGGAUUUGGAAACUGAUCGUUUACUUGGUCAACAACGCACAGAUGAUCAAGGAUUUUAUGACGAUAAGGAUAAGGAUGGGAAGAAAAAGAGCAGAAAUAAAGAGGGCGUGCGACAUAAACCAUCAGUGCUUAUCGAGGGCGUGCUGUUUCGGGCACGUUAUCUGGGUUCAACGCAGCUGGUGUGCGAGGGUCAGCCAACUAAGUCCACUCGUAUGAUGCAGGCCGAAGAAGCGGUCAGCCGAAUCAAGGCACCCGAAGGAGAAAACCAGCCAAGCACGGAAGUCGAUUUGUUUAUUUCUACAGAAAAAAUAAUGGUAUUAAAUACAGAUCUGAAGGAAAUUAUGAUGGAUCAUGCAUUGCGGACAAUUUCUUACAUAGCAGAUAUAGGAGAUUUAGUAGUACUCAUGGCACGUAGAAGAUUUGUACCACAUGAAAUGGAAGAUCCUCCCAAAAUGAAUCGUACACCAAAGAUGAUUUGCCAUGUGUUUGAAAGUGAGGAAGCACAAUUUAUAGCUCAGUCUAUAGGUCAAGCAUUCCAAGUGGCUUACAUGGAAUUUCUCAAAGCUAAUGGAAUUGAGGAUCAUAGUUUUGUGAAAGAAAUGGACUAUCAAGAAGUUCUGAACAGUCAAGAAAUUUUUGGAGAUGAACUCCAAAUGUUUGCAAAGAAAGAAAUGCAAAAAGAAGUGGUCGUUCCUAAAGCAAAAGGUGAAAUUUUAGGAGUGGUUAUUGUAGAAUCUGGAUGGGGUUCAAUGUUACCAACUGUGGUGAUAGCAAAUUUGGCACCUGCAGGAGCUGCAGCCAGAUGCGGCCAGUUGAACAUCGGUGAUCAAAUAAUUGCCAUCAAUGGUGUUAGCUUAGUGGGAUUGCCCUUAUCAACCUGUCAAAAUUAUAUUAAGAACUCAAAAAAUCAAACUGUUGUUAAAUUAACCGUAGUGCCAUGUGCACCAGUAGUAGAAGUCAAAAUUAAAAGGCCAGACACCAAGUAUCAAUUAGGGUUCAGUGUACAAAAUGGUGUGAUCUGCAGUUUGCUCCGAGGUGGAAUAGCCGAACGAGGUGGUGUUCGUGUUGGACAUAGGAUAAUAGAAAUCAAUAACCAGAGUGUCGUAGCUGUUCCACAUGAGAAAAUAGUUAAUCUGCUUGCUACAUCUGUUGGCGAGAUUUUAAUGAAAACCAUGCCGACAUCUAUGUUUAGAUUAUUAACUGGUCAAGAGAAUCCAAUUUAUAUAUAAUUACGAAUGAGGCUAGUUGAUCAAAAAGACACAUGAAGUGCCUGCCUCAUUUUAGAAGCCGUCUAUCUCAGUAUCAUUUGAAGAACACACUAACUUUAUAUAUUUAAUAUUUUCACUGUAUAUUUAACAGUUCUAAAAGCCAUGACUUGUAUAAAUGUGUUUAGCAUUACAUAAUAAUAAAUGACAAUACAAAUUUAGAAGGCAAACAGUGGAAAACUUUCGACUAUUUGGCAGUGUUAGUAUGGCCUUUGUGAAGUGAUACUUUAAAUCAGAAAUAGUUGUUUUUCAUCAAAGCAUUUUUAGUCCCGAAUUUGGACUAGAUAGAAAAAUAUGGACUGAAAUAUGCAAUUCAUAUCCUCUUCAAAUAAAACUAUAAAAUUAUAUUUAUUGUGUAAUGAUCACUAUGGCUAAAAAAAGAUGUGUUUUAAAUU